UCUUACGUAUUUCGAAGAUCCUAAUGAACCAUUAAAAAGAGCGCAUCUCGAGUCUUGGUAUUGUAUUAAUUUGUGGUUACAAAUUGUUGAUCAUGGUCUUUCCGAUAUAUUUGGAAUGAAAGUAGUAAGAAAAAAGUCAUCAAGUGAAACGGUAUCUGCAAGAAAAAAUCAAAAGAGAGCGCGAAUACGUUACAGGAAGGUUCCACCAAUCGAAGUAGCUAAAAAAUAUGAGCAAACCAAAUUGCUGGGUGAUGCAUUUAAGCUCAGUAAAGCCAUGCAUAAUAUUUUCGUAUACUUAUGUCAAAGGGUUGAUAAUUGGGAAACCAUAGUAAGGAAGUUGCAUAUCCCAGGUCUUAAAUCACAAUUUUUACAAAUGAGUAGUCCCAAAGGAUAUGUGACAAUACUAAAACAGGAUAAGCUUCUUGAGGUUCCAAACUCAGUUGAAGAAAUAAGAAGCCUUAUUAAAGUAUUGGCUAGUGUUUGGAAAGCAAAGAAAAUUAUCACAGAUACUAUGAAAAUAGUGCUCACACCUCAAGAAUCAUAUGAAUUCUACAGAGAAUUAGUAGGCCAAAAGCUCCCGGGAAUAACAGCUAUAUCUGCAUUACUCAAAUUUAAUGCAAGCUUAGUUCAAUCUGAAUUAUGUGCUGAAAAUGAGUCUAAAACAAGUAUUGCUCUUGAAUGA